AUGUCAUAAUAAUCACAAGUCGAACUAGAAACAUACAGUCAACACUUUCAUACAAUUUUACACAGUUUUUCAAUUGUACAAAAAUACACGCAUAGUCUCAAUAUUAAAAUGCAGGAGCCGCUCGAACUUCAUGCAGAAUUCCUACGUCAACCUUCAAAAGUGGAUGAAAUAAUAAAAUUUCUAGGUGACAUGGCAAAGUCUAAUAAAAUGGAGGGCACCAAAGAGAAGAAGGUGGAGAAGGAAGUCGACAUUAGUGCAGAUGUGACUGAUUACAAUUUUUUGGCUUUAAAACGUACUGAAACUACGGAUAGAAAAAGUUUUUUCUCUCGUUCGUCAAGAAAGAGCAGCGUCAUCAAAUCCAACACGAACCAAAUGACAUUUAUGCGACAGAUUGAUAUCAGCGAUGAAGAGCGCAAAAAAGCUCGAAGAGAACGCAUUCAUAUUGCCACCAGUUUUCGCAGGUUGGGAAAUGCGGAAUAUCGCAAGACAAACUAUGAUCAAGCUAUUAAGUUAUAUAGUCAAGGUUUGAACUAUAUUGUUGAUUCUCCAGUUCUCUAUGUCAAUCGCAGUCUCUGCUAUAUAAAAAAACGUGAAUACAAACGCGCCCUGAUCGAUCUGGACUAUGUUCUCAAUCAAUUGGAUAGCAACUGUGUGCAGGCAUUACUCUAUAAAGCUGGAGCUCUGAAGCGCAUGAAUAAUGAAGAUGGUUUCGAAGAGUGUGUAGCAAAUGCUCGCCGAUAUAAUAGAUCAAAGUCCGAGUACAUUGACUAUUUUCUAGACAAAAUGCGAACUGAUUUUUAAAGAGCUCACAUAUUAGAUAAAAUAUAAACGAUUAAUGAACCAUUUAAUUCAUUCAAAGAAAA